CUUCUCAUUAGUUUUAUAUAAAAGGUCCAAGUCUCUAUGCUCUAAACUGAAAAAAGAAGACGGACGGAUUAUUAUCCUAUCUACCGGGGCAAAUCGGACUGGCAACGGCUACGCCGACGGGAACCGCAAGACAUAAUCGCAACGGUUUUGCAGCAACGAGCCUUUCGGAAAUUUUGGCGAGCAUUCCUCUCAUUGAGCUUGUUGGUUAAAGAAGAGCUGAAGUAAGGAGUUACCUGAUAUAGAAGAUGAAUAAUACCACAGCAGGAUCUUCCUCAAAAGUAAGACCAGGCUCAUCCCAACCUUCAGAAACCUCCUUAAAGCGUAAACGUGGAAUGUUUCAGAAGGAUUUGCAGCAUAUGAUGUAUGGAUUCGGGGAUGAUCAAAAUCCACUUCCAGAGACUGUUGCGCUGGCUGAGGAUAUUGUUGUGGAGUAUGUCACUGAUAUGGUCCACAAAGCUCAAGAUAUUGCAUCCAAGAGAGGAAAGCUUUUGACAGAGGAUUUUCUCUUUCUAAUCCGGAAGGAUUUGCCAAAACUUAAUCGAUGUACAGAGUUGUUAUCGAUGAAUGAAGAGCUGAAACAAGCCAGGAAGGCUUUCGAGGUUGAUGAAGAGAAACUGGCAUCAAUUGACUGAGGAAGGAACCUACCGGGUUAACAUUGGCGGGAAAAGUGGCUACUCAGUAAGGUCGUUUGGACUCCGUCGUAUUGCAAGGUCUUCGAAGAAGAAAAUGCUCCUGAACUGCCAAUGCCCUCGAUUCUGGUGUUUGUUCGAUUUUAAAAUAGCUGAAAUUUGGAACUAAUGAUGCUGUGACUUGAAGAACGGAAAAAUGUUUUCACUUUGAGCUCUUCAAUCUGUUUAACCAGGAGAGAUAAAGUGAAUUUGUUUUAAUUGAAAUGCUAUAGUUUUUUAUACAAAGAGAUGUGAUAUUUUUCCAUAAAAAUA